AUGCAUCUUACCAACGCCAAACAAGCUUCAGUAGUCAGCAAAGUUCAAGCACAAAUCAUUGCGGUCGAUAUCCGUGCAGAAGUCGAAGCCACCUUGUUCGAACAUCGUGGGACGAGUGCGGCGAUUGCUUCUCUAUGGGUAAAUUCCGGAAAGCCUAUGCACGAAAAAGGUCUAGAAAGCUACAUACCACUAUUACCGGCUCAGUGGAUACCUGAGCCGCAUGACGAUGCGAGAAGGUGGCUAGACCGGCACCUACUCCUCCAGGUCGCAAAAAGGCUGGUAGAAAAGCUGACAAAGAGAAAGGCAGCAGCGGCGAAGAAGAAGGAAUUCAGGCUGCAAGAUCGUAAGCGAGCGGAGUAUGCCUCCAACACCUUCGAAGACCAUCAACGAUCUUAUUCUGGACUCGAGAUCGCCAGCUCCGGUCACCUGACACAGCUGAGGGUCGGUGGGUCGUCAGUAUAUGACGAUGGCAUUGAGGAAAUCGAUGACGCAGCGCCCGGACCAAGUCAAUUUUUAGAUCCUGUAUCGCAACACGAUUCGAAGACUGGCGAACCUGAAAACUCAUACGGAAAGAGGCGUGAAGCUGCUGCCGAUGAAAUUAGGAGGAUUGUGAACGAAAUUGGACUCCUGCGUUUCGUCUUCUUCCUUACAUAUGACACCAAAUUCGAGUUCUUUGUGCAACUCAGAGGAUUUCUAGAGGCGGGUAACUCGCUGCCGAGUUUCGUCAACGUGAAUCCCCGGCCGUGGAAUAACCGCGCUGGAGUGUAUAUGAAGAUGGCUGGGGGCUUGAUAUCCAGUGCUGUUCCCGCUGCCGAUGGUCUUCAACUGAAGGUCGCGCAACUGAUUCACUUGAAAUACGAGCAGAUGGCAGGCACCGAUUUUAAAAUCUUCAGAGAACAUUACGAGUACGAGCAAAAGUAUAACCUCCUCCGCCUGCAGCAGAGUGACAAUGGGGAAAGUCUUCUUCAAACGGUACCGGGCGUCGAAGCGAGCGGCCAAUCUGACCAGCAGAUACACAAGUCAACGGAAAGGUCAACUUUUCCUGAAGCGGAUUCGGUCACUUCAGCGUGCACUUCAAUCACAGUCAACUCUGCAGCAACAUAUCAGCUCUAG